AUGGAGAGCGCGUGCGACGACCGGCGGCGCGCGGUGCUGGAGCGGGAGGGGCGCGACGUGCGGGAGAGCGUGGCGAGGGCAUGUUCUAUAGACCUGAGUCCGCCCGUCCCGGUCACGAUGACGUGCAUGCUGCACCUGGAGGCCCCCUUGGGUCUGCGGGCGAUCGAGGAUGCGCUCCUUCGGAGGCGGGAGGAGGCGGGCGCCGCUGGCGACGAAAAGAGGACCCUGAUCCGGUUCGACCCCGCGGACGGCACGGCGUUCAGGAACCAAUUGACGCUCCGGCUGGUGCAGCGGAUCGAGGGGUGCGAUCGGCGGCGGGUGGUCUCCUGCAAGCUGUUCGCGAGGGGCUUGGUCCACACGACGGGGGCGAGGACGCUGGAGGAGGUGUCGGCGGCCUGGAAGACGCUGCGGCAUUUCGUCCGGGGCCUGUUCGGCUCGGAUCCUCCCGCGUUGAUCGUCGUCCGGUGCUCUCCGGUCAUGGUGAACUCGUCGUGCAAGGUGUCCAAGAGCGGUUCGGCGGCGGGCCUGCCGCACGUCAUCGUCCCGAAGAAGCUCAUCGCCGCCGUCCGGCACACGACCUGGUGCGGGAAGUCCCCCGCCGCGACCUGCGCCUACGAUCCGAGCGUGUACUCCGGGCUGAAGAUCAAGAGAGACGUGGGCACCCUGCUGAUAUUCUCCAGCGGAUCCGUGGUCAUAUCAUCCAGGACGACCGAGGGCACUUGGACGUUGUGGAUGAUGCUGGGGGCGAUGCUCAAGAAGGAUCCCAGCGCUCUGAAACGAGUCGCGCGGGAGGCCGUGCGCGUCCGCGCUCCCGUGGGCGGUCGAGCCGAAUCGGUCGAACCGGGCGAUGAGCCGCGUGCAGCCGAUGUAUGA